CGAUCCUCUACAGCCGGUCGCAGAUCUAAAUCAGGUUGGCUGUGUCCACUGAUCAGUUCCAAAAGUCCUAUUCACGAACGUCAAGCCGGCCACAAAAAUCUACUCGAUAGUUGGAUCCCGGUUUAGUACCUUUCAACAUCAACACGCCCGAAUGUGAUUACGUUUCCCCGUUGGCCUUUAACAGUGACAACACUAAACACUGUGCGCAACCUCAUCUUUGUUCAUUCUACGCUAUCAACAGGGAAACGAGAACAGUAGUACAAGCUACUCUUGUGUUGUUUUAGAGGGUCCACAAAAAAAUGCCGCCGAAGGUUGCCCAAAAGACCAAGGAGCAGAAGCUCAAAGCUGCCCUUUCUGGUGGUAAGGGCCGCAAGAAGAAGUGGAGCAAGGGAAAGGUAUUGAUUUCUGCUGAUGUUCAAUCCGGGCAUAGUAUCCAUCAUAGAAGGAGUAUUAGAGAAUUGCAACCAGAUCUGGUAAGUAGAAAUCUUUUUGCACCGUGGAGAAAGGUAGCGUACACACACGUUGUUUUUCAGUAUUCUAUUGAGAAGGAUAAGGUAGUACAUUUUCGUCAUGCCUUCUAAAUGUCACCACCCUCAGGUCAAGGAAAAGCUCCUCAACGCUGUCUUGUUUGAUAAGCCGACUUACGACAAGAUGAUGAAGGAAAUCCCGAAGACCAAGCUUAUCACUCAGGCUGUUGUGUCCGAGCGAUGCAAGAUCAACGGCUCUCUGGCCCGCCAGGUACAUUUGUGGGUUAUUCGUUCUUUCAGUUGGUAUCCACAGUAAUCGGUUGGUACGGAAAUAGAGUUACUCGUGAUAGGAUUUUGUGUUGUUGUCGCUGUCUCAGAUUCAGAUGAUCAACAAUAUAAUUGGACAAAAAGAUGGUGUCUCAUAAAUGCGUUUGAUUCUCCAAAAAAUUUUGAGACUCAUCACACUUCACAGGCUAUCCGUCACCUCGAGGGCGAGGGCCACAUCAGCGCCGUGGGAGACAAGCACCACGCAUUGAUGAUCUACACCCGUAACGUCAAGGCUGAGUAAGAUGUCUGUUACGAGUAGAUGCGGCUACUAUAUGGUUUUGGGAUGACUUUCCGGACUGUGUCGCUUCUGGAGGUGCAUUGUACAACGCCUGAUAGAUUCAACAGGGAAAGUAGGUUCCCAUCAGAAGCAUGCACGUAGAGACAUUUGUCAGAUACGUAGAGUCGAAAAGGAAAAGGUGACUAUCUCACUACAACACAAAAGAAAGAAGAGCAGCACACAAAGAAGCGUGAUGGAUUAAUAUGCGGAUUACGUGUUCGACUUUUCGGUCUGAAAGUUCCGCACAUUUGCAAAAUGCCAGAUCUGAUUGUAUGUAAGAGAAUGGAAUCUUCCGAUUCCCAUGAGAAAUUACUCAGCGUGGACAUAGCCCACUUUUGGAUUUGGUCAUCGCGGAUUAACAGUCAUCGGAACUUCAUAAAAUCGUGCCUUACAAAGAAAGGCAUCGCGGAUUCUUUGCGAGUACUGAAUGAAUGAGUGAGGGAAGGGAUGAGAGAGUGAA